GUUAUGAUCAUUCGAUUUAGACAAUUUGAGAACUUGCACAUCUGCCUUCUGAGAACUAUACUGCCUUCUCAAUCACAAGUUCCUUCAUCAUCGAAAAUAUUCAGAUGCAAUUUGAAUUUCCCACCACAAGGCAGCAUAACGGCUAAAACGGCAUAGCAUAACAUAACCAAACUUUUGCCAUUUGGAUAAAUGUGAGUAUGUUGUUUGUACAGAAGUUUUUUUCUUAAUUAGUAUAACUAAUACUGUUAGAUUGUACAAUUCCUGUGUUUAUAAAUGUCACAUAAUUUGUUCGGAAGGUUACAAGCUGUUCAUAAUUUUAAUAUGUAUGGUAGUUAGCUACAAAUUGAAAUUUUCAGGUGGAACACAUAUUGAGGGUUGUGAAUUAUUCGUUAGAACUUGAAUUGCGUAUUAAAAAUUUAAAAUAUUCUUCUCUGAUUCAUGUUUCUAGGCAAUUUAAUUCUUAUAAAUUUGUAUCCAUUGAGUUAAAACUUUCUAAUUUAAUCUGAACAGAAUUUUAGACGUACCGUACAGUAUCUACAAAGUUUUUGUGAUUUAAAGCUAUUUUCAUGAUUUUACGGUAUUAAUUAGAGUUAUAUGUUGGUAUUAGAAGAAUAUAUGAUUUUAAACAGAAUUUUAUUCUCAAUGUGUUUCCCAAAUCAAAAAUCAAGCCCUAACCUCACUACAUAGACUACAUAAUACGGAUCCACAAAAUCGGCUACAAAUUUGAAAGUACCAUCUCAGUGCGACUGUGCCUUCAAUCGUUACCUAGGAACUAUUAGAAACUACCUGGAUCACUACCAGACUACCUAGGUAUGAAAUACCUAAACCAAUGACAAGCAUUGCCUCUUCCAAUACAGUUCACAUCCUGAUGAGCCUUUGAUUUACAAUUUGUGAAGAAAUAUUCAUAUCAUAAUGGCGGACGAUGGAGCGUCGAAUUUGGAGAGACUUGGAGAGCUGAGAGAAUUUCUAGAAAAAAGGAAACGUCAUGUUGAAAAACAGGGGUCAACGGACGUUAAUAGAUUCUUCGUCCCCCGAGAUACCAAGUUGAUUCUUCGCCAAAGUGACGCUGCCACCAGCAGAUGGGUCGGAUUUGAUAACGAGAAACACAAAGUGGCAACCCGUCAUGGUAUCUCGAUUGAUCUGCAAACAAACGCCAUGAGAAAGAUCAUCAAUAUGGAUAGUCGUCAGAACGCAGCAGUUACCACUCAUCCAGUCAGAUAUCGUCAGUUUAGUCACAGGAGUAGCUCGGAUUCAUCAAUCAACAGAUGCAGCCAGAAUGUUGUAGUAAAUCCUCAGUUGCCACCGAAGAUGCCAGAAGUGUUGAGAGGUGGAAAAUGGGUUCCGGCCAAUCAAGAAAUGCGUGCGAAAUACUUGGAAAACGUUACUAAAGUCUCAGAAUCAGUUGUCUUUAAACUACCGCCAUCUUCAACGGUCACCUCACAGCCGGUCGACAACCAGUCUAACAGUUUUAAUUCGAGUAGUGAGAGUGAAAUUUUGUUUGGUGCUGUAGAUCAACUUUUGACUGAUGUCGAACAUGAACCAAUGGAAUGUGAAGAGGAACCCAACAAUACAGCACUAAUCAAUGAAGUUGACGCUGAACAUAUAUCUGAUGAGUUUGAAGUAUCAUCUGAUGAUGAAGUAGAAUCUGAUGAAACAACAGAAUGUGAGAAUGUUCGCAACCAAACUUCGGGAACGUCUUCACAAAACAGAAAACUGGUGGAUCGAACUCACAAAAAUUGUAGUAGUGUCGCUGAGAGAGAGAGACAUAUUGAGCUAACAUGUGAAGCUGAAGAUAUCAAAGUCAGACUUCGAGCUAUUGAGGCAGAAACUUCGGAAAUUGAGGCGAUUUUCUCCAAUUUAGGAACUUCUGAAAAACGCAGUAGAAUAUCGGAGGAAGAUUACGAAAUUGAUGACGUUGUAGAAUUGAAUACUGUGAGGGAUCUUGAGGUAGUUGAAGAGGCUAAAGAAAAAAUUAAUUUGGCUUUUGGACAAAAGGGAAAAAAUAAAAUGAGGAUCCCUAAAAUUAUUAGGUUUUUGAAGCUGUUUCCUGAAGCUCAUAGACUCAUAAAACGACUUCGAGCUCUUAAGGCACAAAUUUCGGAACUUGAGAAUGGAGAUUCGUGUCAGCUGACUGAGUGGCAUAUUGAGCUGAAGAUAUCAGCAACACGUGAAGCUGAAGAUAUCAAAGUCAGACUUCGAGCUAUUGAGGCAGAGACUUCGGAAAUUGUGGCGAUUUUCUCCAAUUUAGGAACCUCUGAACAGCGCCGUAGAAUAUUGGAGAAAGAUUACGAAAUUGAUGAUGUAGUUGAUUGGAACACUCGGAGGGAUCUCGAGGUAGUUAAAGAGGCUAAAGAAAAAAUUGAUGUGGCUUUAGGACAAGAGGGAAAAAAUAAAAUGAGGAUCCCUCAUAAAAUUAUUAGGUUUUUAAAGCUGUUUCCUGAAGCUCAUAGACUCAUAAAACGACUUCGAGCUCUUAAGGCACAAAUUUCGGAACUUGAGAAUGGAGAUUCGUGUCAGCAGACUGAAAGUUGUUCAGCACAAAAUGGCAGCAAGGAAACUCCGGAAUUGUGCACCAGAAAAAAAUCUCAAAGCGAAAGGCGAACGGCGAUGAGUACAUCACAAAUAAAACAGGAAAUCAUUGUCAUUUCUGAUGAUGAUGAUGAUGACGAUAAUGAUAGACAGAUGACCGCAAAUGACAAAUUUCAACCCAACCGACAAAUAGAGAUAUUACCAAAUAUCGGUCAUAUCAAACAGGAGUUAGUUGUAAUUUCUUCUGAUGAAGAAAAUGGCGAAUAUACACCGAACACAAAUCAACCGUCUACCGUUGAAACGAACAGUGAAAAUGUGAAUCGUAGGAAAUUGGAAUUUGUGCCUGAGGCAGACCAAGGACCAUCUAAGAGACAAAAGGUUAGUGAAAACAAUUCGUAUAUCAAUGGUUCUCAUUCUGAAUAUGAGAGUUCAUCAGCUGAUGUACGUUCUCUCCCUAAACCGGUUAGUCCUCAUCUGCUAACAGCAGAAAAUAUUGCUCAAGUACCUGGAAACUUUAGGAUUCGAAUUUUAAAACCUGAAGAAAUCAGACCAGUGAGACAAGAAAUUCCUGGUGUUUCUGAUUUUCACACUUUCAGACGAGAGGUGUCAGAUCCUAAUUCAAAAACAUCAACUCCGCAUCCUAAAAGAUCUUCACUUGAUGGAUUUUUAGUACCAGUUACACCAGGUUCAAUUACUACAUCACAUUCGAAAGAUGACGACAAAAAUGAAACUGCGAGCUCUCAAAAUGAAUCAAAGACAUCUGAAUCGAAAUCACAGGAGAAGAGAUCCCAUAUUGAUGAUUUCUUUGAAGUAUCUUCUAGAAAUUCUCCUCUGGUCCCUUCAAAAAACACGGACUCCAACAAGGCUUCUUCCUCUUCAAUGAUUCCUCAUUCAAUAAAAAUUGAGGCACCAUUUUUCGAGGAUUCAUCAGAAGGCAAUGGUUCAGGCUCGAAGAAAGCUUCUUCAUCUCAAGAUCGAAAACAUUUUAUGGUACCAGUAGCUAUGGAAAUGGAAUCAACAUUUACUCAAUCGCGCAACGAGAUUAGAAACGAGAUUCCAAGUUCCGAUUCUGCAUUACAAGUUCAAGAUGCAAGGGACGAAAUAGUACCUGUCACUGAAUCUCAAUCGCGGAAUGAAACUAGAAACGAUACUCCAAGUUCCGAUUCUGCAUUACAAGCUCAAGAUGCAAGGGACGAAAUAGUACCUGUCACUGAAACUCAAUCGCGGAACGAAACCAGAAACGAGACUCCAAGUUCCGAUUCUGCAUUACAAGUUCAAGAUGCAAGGGACGAAAUAGUACCUGUCACUGAAACUCAAUCUCGGAACGAAACUAGAAACGAUACUCCAAGUUCCGAUUCUGCAUUACAAGUUCAAGAUGCAAGGGACGAAAUACUACCUGUCACUGAAACUCAAUCGCGGAACGAGACUCUAAGUUCCGAUUCUGCAUUACAAGUUCGGGAUGGAAUAGUACCUGUCACUGAAACACGGUUAGUAGGAUAUGAACCUGACUAUUCCUACAUCAACCUUUGGACCGAUUCUGAUUUCGAGAUUCCAGCCGACGUCAAUCCAGCCGCUAGUCAACAGAUCAUGGCAGUUACUACGUCAGAAAACCACAAAUUUCUGCUAAGUGUGCUAGCCGAGAAAAUCGCCGGAAUUCAGCAAAAGGUCGACAGCAACGAAGGUUGGUUGGAGGUCGACAUGAGGAAGUUCCAAAGGCCUAGAGCGCUGAAGUGCCCCUGUUUCUACAGGGACACAAAUAUGAUGCCUUAUGUGCAGGUCGAGCCCUGUGUUGACUGUGCGGUAGGAGAGAAAAACCGUGUCAUUUUUGAGAAGCAAGUCCGGAGGUUUAUGAAGACAAAUACACCGUUUGUGGCUAUGAGUGUGGAGGAGGUCUCCAGUAGUCGCAACCUGCAGGAUUGGAUCAACACCAACGUCAGAGUGGUCGGGAAGCUGGGCAUGAGGGGUCUCCAGGAACUGAACCCCAGUGGAGCGCCGCAGUACCUCUGCAAACACGUUGACCACGAAUACUUCCUGCAAAGCAUCGACGAGGCAGGUGGACCUUAUCACAUUUGCCUCGACUUUGACAAUCUGAAGGAAGAUGUCAGAGUCCCACUACCAGGCACUCAACUUCAGGUAUCGGCCGAACUGAUUGUACUAAAUUCCACCACUGGACUCGAAGUGAUGACGUCACGGCCGGGCAAUUCUGAAACGACGUCACAAAAGGGCACUUCUGGACUUGGAACGAUGACAUCGCCACGACCGGGCUCUUCUAGACUUGGAACAAUGACGUCACAAGAGGGCACUUCUGGAUCUGAACCGAUGACGUCACGACAGAGCAUUUCAGGAGUCGUAGCGAUGACGCCACGAAAGGGACCCCAUCCAGUGACGUCACCAGAGCGCGAACCUUUUCUCAAAGUAAUGGUAGUUCGCGAUUUGGACAGAGAGGAGAGAAGCGCACUCCGGAACUACAGUAGAGCUCUAGAUUUGAGGAGGCCUUUUGUGCCGCUAUUUCUAAGAUUUGAUGAAGCCAAAAUAAGGAAUGAUAACGGAGACAAUGAUAGUUGUUUAGAUUAAAAGUUUGAAGAAAAUAACCCUCGUUAAGUGUGGAUAACGUUUUAGAUUUGUGAUUUGUUUAGUUUUAUGCUCAAUUUGUAGGAAAAAAUGUGAUUUGGGUAGUUUUAUGCCCAUUUUGUAGAAGAAAAAAUUGUGAUUUGGGUAGUUUUAUGCCCAUUUUCUAGAAAACUUGAGGUUUGUGACUAGAGUAGUCUAAGGUCCGUUUUAUAGAACACUCAAUCAGUUUAAUGAACCAUUAAUCCUAUAGAUUUAAUGGGUUAUUAGAUUUAACAUUCCGGUAGUCGCGCCCUACUCAAUCACACGAGCAGUCGCGUGUUGUAAUUUUUACAACAUCCAAUUUUCCAAGUGUUAUGUACUCUGUUUACUGUCAAAACAUUGAUUAAUUGUAUAAUUUUUUUCAU